AAGUUUUGGGCCCGAAGCUGAUGGAGAAUAGAAAACCUUUUCAGUUGAAGAACACGUUGAUAGUUUACAAUCUGUUCCAAGUGAUGUUCUCAGCAUGGCUCUUCUACGAGAGUCUGAUGGGCGGAUGGUGGGGCCAAUAUAGUUUCCGUUGCCAACCCGUGGACUAUAGCAACAACCCGACCGCGUUGAGGGUAAGUUUUGUUAUACGUUUAUUUUCUCUGCAGAUGGAUCAUCAAAACGGACCACCAUUCCAACGAGACGGACCUCCACGAAUGCCAAAUUUGAUCGAUUCAACGAUUUUUAUAUGCGUAUACGUACGAGUUUAUACGGUGGUUGCAGAAAGUGUUUGCACGCGCGCAAAAGUCUGAUUAUUGACCUCUAUAAUUUAGUAUCAAAUUUUCGUGUCAAAGCGAAUAUGGAUGGUUCAUGGCAUGAAAUUUAAUAUUGGUCCCAAACACAUAAAUAUAAGUAAUAUGUAUAAACGCUAUAACGUAGAUACGAGGACAUGCAAAUGCUUCCUGCAACCACUAUAUAAAGAAGAAAAAAAGAGAAAAUAAUUGAUCCAUAUUCCUCCACACCCUCAAAUCUUACUUCUUUACAAUGCACUGUAACAACGUAUACGCAUAUUAUUGACGAUAGUACGUUCUCACGUUUUCAAAGGCCUUGUAUCGUAGAAAUUGUGGAACUGUGCUAUAAUGCAAAAUAUCUUAUGCUUUGUAGGCAGUCGACCAGGGGGAAGAAACCACCUAUGAGAGAGGAGUAAACUGUACUUAUAGCGCUUGUGGCUUGUUUUAUCGUGUAUUUUGCAUCUCUAUAUUUUGCUUCUCGUACCUUGCAGCUCCGUGAAGUAUAAUACAACUAUAGCCCAUAUUUCUGUGCUAAUUAUACGUUGGAAUGCCUGCAUGCCGGUCUGAGACGGACUUUUCUUCCGCGCUAAUAUCUUACGUUGAUAUCGAGGAAAGAUCAAACCGACUGACCGAUUAACGAUUUCGAUAAACUCUUUCUAUAACUUUCAUGUUCAAAUUCUCUUAAAGUAACUUCAAGGGAAACCCUUCGGCGGGAGAGAAAGAUUAACGAAAAUAGAUAUAUUUAGGUAAGAAUCCGGAGUUGCAGGGCAUAGACGAAGACGCUCAGCCUCAAUUAACACACACACGUUCCAUUAUUAAGUCCAAUGAUUAGUCUUCCUCUGUGAAUAUGCACACGCGCGCCCCUUUCUUUUCUAUGCCUUUCUCUUUCGUUUAUUUAUUCUUUUCAUUGAUCGGAGAAUGGCCUCUGGGCGGUUGUGGUUGCAGAUAGGAAUGUCCGGAUGGCUGACUGGCGACUAUUCUCUAAGGUGCCAACCCGUAGACUACAGUGAUCGACCCCAAGUACUAAGGAUCUUCUUCGUGUUGAGGAAGAAGAAUGAUCACGUGUCGACAUUACACGUUAUUCACCACGGUUGCAUGCCAAUGUCAGUAUGGUUUGGCGUUAAAUUUACACCAGGUGGUCACUCGACUUUCUUCGGACUCCUGAACACGUUCGUUCACAUCGUAAUGUACACGUACUACAUGCUGGCCGCGAUGGGUCCGAAACUUCAGCCGUACCUCUGGUGGAAGAAAUACCUGACCGUCUUCCAAAUGAUACAGUUCGUCGCGGUGAUGAUCCACGCGUUUCAACUGCUCUUCAUCGACUGCAACUACCCGAAGGCGUUCGUUUGGUGGAUCGGUCUGCACGCGACCAUGUUCUUCUUCCUGUUCAACGAAUUUUACCAGCAGAGCUACCAGCAGAAGAGGAAACCAAUGACGAACGGCGUGAAGAAGGAUCACCAGGAGUGUCAUCAGUCGAACGGUGUCACAACGGACAGAGCAAACGGCAAUUCGUCCGGAAGAAGGGACCCGGCCGAUUAUUACGUGAAGGGCGACAGCCUGGCCGCGUCGGAGCUUAACCUUAGGAAAUCGUACACGACGACCGAGUGACCCGAUCACGCUACGUCGUAGCCGUCAUCAAUUCAUCUCGUCUUUUUCCGUCGAAUUCCACGAGUCGCAUCCGGGCUUUUUCUCCUUCUCCUUCCGGUCCGGCGAUCCGUUCCGAGAUCCAGCGGAGAGAACAUCGGAGAGUACAAAAUUACUGCGUUGCAUUGCGACCGCGUUGUAUAGCGUGUAUUCGUGGAAGGGGAUAGAAAGUGAGAGGGAAAGAGUGAUACGAAGCCAACGUGUAUAGUACAGAGUAGUACUCCCGGAUGUGUUGCGGCUCAAUGUCACGGAUCCCUGGCCUCGCGAUUCAGGUAUUCGUGAUCCUCCUUCGGUUCGCUGUACGUACACCUGCCACGACCGACAAAGUAACUCGUCGUCGAAUCCGCCGCUCUCCCAGGCGGGUAUGCGCGAAGCAUGGAAACUGUUGCGCUGCCAUUCGUCUAAUUGUAUUUCGCGAACACGUUAAAUACCAAAAACUGAAUUGCAUUAAUAUCCUGAUAAGAUCGCGAUGGAACGAAAAUAUAAUAGACGAAAUUACGUAAGAAUUUCAGUGCAUAAUUUGCAUCGUCAUUGCAUUACCGAUCACGGUAAUUCAUGAUCACGCCGUAUUACGAUGCACAAUAGUAAUUGUGGAAUAAUUGUUUUUUUUUUAUCAAGUAGUAGCGAAGUUACUGUGUUUUUCGCAACACGCGCGUUCGAACCCCUCGGAGAGAGGUAAAAGUGCCUCUCGCCUCUCCUGAAACCAGCUGAAACUGUCCGGACUCGGGUUUUUGGCCGUCCUUUCGUACAGAACGGACAUUGUUGAAAAACCAAUUUUUCGAUUUACAUAAUUUUCAAACACGCCAGGACGAUAGCUACUUGCGAAAUGUUUUUACUGUCAUCGGUUUACGCGCAGCUCUAAGAUUAUAUAAAAACAAGGAAUUAUAUAAGACAGUUAACGGUGAGUCUUGAAUCAAAUUACGUAACAAUGCCACCGACCGUUAUUUUAUUACGUAAUUCGGGAAGAUCUCUUUUGCAUUUUAUCAGGAUCCCGCGAAUAUUAGGAAAUUCAUACUUCAUUACCUAUUCGAGAACUUGUGACCUUAAUUAGACCGAUCUGUGACACAUAGUCCGUAUACUUUCCUACAACGUUUCACGGUUACAUAAAUGCUCUGGAAACUGGGCUUAAAUUCAUGUCCGUAUACAGAUGUGAGUCGGUUAACGUUAAAACCAAAAAAUUUCUCCGUCAGAUUUUAAUAGUACGAAGAAAUGAUUAAAGGAAGGAAAUAUCUGGCGAAUACCGUGACAAAGAAGAUUUCUUUCUCGUGAUCGUAACCAAGAAAUUUUGUAUGUGAAACAUUUCCUCGUAUUGUUAAAACUGAAGAAAGAAUCUUUCAACGUUACAUGACCCAUCCUACUAUACAAUUGUAUUUUGCAAGUACCAAGUUUUUUAAUCAUUGUAAUUUAAGAUAUAUUUUAAACGUUUCUAAUUUUGCGAAUAUUUCCUCUUCGCAAGCAAAAGCGUGCACAUUAUAAACGCGUAAAAAUUACUUUCAUUCCAAUGUAAAUCAUCGUGUAUCUAUAUAUAUAUACACAUAUUCGAUUUCGAGAGAUACUUUACAUACGCGGCAAUUGUACGCACAGUGUAACAUGUUCAGCAUUGUACAUAAAAUACAUCAUCGAUUUGAUAUGUUCGACUCAAAAGCCAUUCAGCUGAAAUUAAAGGAGAAAAGAAAAGAAAAAACGAAAAAAAGAAAAAAAAAAAAGA